AUGAUGAAUUGGUUUCGUGCAUUUUUGAUCUACGAUUUUAAUAUUUCAUCAUUUUACUUGUAAACAAGUAGAGAUAUUGAAUUUGAUAAUGAAUGGUAGGCUCUCCUCAAAGAAAUAAAGCUAUAACUGCAUAAAUAGAAUGUUCUUGAAGAUAAAUUACUGUAAAUGAAAUCAAACUUUGGCGCAAUUAGAGGUAAAUUUGAUAUUUUCAGAAGUAAUACAAGUACUAUUCAUAUUAGAUCGGGUAUUAAUUUUAAUUUCCAACCAACAAGUCCAAGAAAUAUAUUAAAAUGAACUCUUACUCUCAAUUUACUCUCAUCUAUAUGAAAUUAUUCAUUAUUAGACUGUAUUAGUUUUAGUUAUUUCAUAGAUCAAUACAACUGAACUUGAAAUAUAUUAGAAGUAUGAAAUAAAUAGAAUCAUCAAUAAAUAUGAGGAAAGAUUGAACAUAUCAAACAUUGUUACUCUUAGUUUACCAAUAAUACAUUAUGCGGAUAUGGAUCAGGAACAAAUUUCAAAACUAAAAUCGCUUACGUGUGUGACGGAAGAAAAUAUUGAAACACUGUCUAGAUGCAAACAAUAUACUUAGGAUGGUGAUUAAAAAGCUUUUAAAGGAUUUUUAAUGUAUGAUUUAAAAAAAUAAUACUUUUUGAUGCUAAUAAGGAAAGGAUUUAACAGUGAUAAAGCUUGGGUUGAAGAAAGAAGCAGAAUUGAAAAAUUUAUUUUGUGUAGACAAAGAUAAUAAACUACAAUUCUAUCUAUGUCUACCUCAUUUGCUUAAUAUUUGAUAUAAUAUGAUAGUUAAACAAGUAACAUAUUUGAUUCUAUGAUAGAGUUUUAUUUUAUUUUGUUAUCUAAUAAUCUGAUCCCACAUUCACCUUAAUAUGAAUUACUGUAAAGAAUAAGGAGUUUCAUUUCAAGCGAAUCUAACUUUUAAAAAGUAACAACAUAAUAUUUAUAUCAGUAAAGGAAAAAUGAAAUUGAAAGCCAAUACUAAUACGUGCUUAGUGAUAUAAUUGAUGCUUAAGAAAGAAUUUACAUGAAAUCAAAAUAUAGACACUUUAAUCCAUCUAUUUCUACAAUAUUUUAAUAGAAAAUUAAGAUUUAUGAGAUGAAAAAAUAAAAAUGA